AUCUACCUAUCUACCUACCUAUCUAUCUAUCUAUCUACCUAUCUAUCUAUCUAUCUAUCUAUCUAUCUAUCUAUCUAUCUAUCUAUCUAUCUAUCUAUCUAUCUAUCUAUCUAUCUAUCUACCCCCUCCCGCCUGCCCCCUGUCCCCCCCCCUCCCCGGCCCGCCCCCGGGCCGGUGUACCAACUCCCGCUUCCCAUACCCUUCCCAAGGCCUUUUUCUUCCCUCUCCUCGCCCCAAGCCCUCCCUGAUGCAAGCUGCGCUUUUCUUCUGUUUUUUUUUCCUUUUUAUGCUAAUCAGGCGGGACUCGAACCCGUCACCUCUUUGUUUGCCAAUUAAUUACCAAUUCAAUGCUUAUGCCAAUUGCGCUAUCCCGGCUCGGUUAUAAAUUCAAUGGUUUUUUUUGUAUGUUAUUCAUAUGCAAAUCAAAUUCUUGCCCCUCAUUGGCUGUUGAAAAUAAUGACAUCAUGAACCUUCGGCCCAGAGGUCCCUGAGGUCCCACAGGUCCAAGAACCAAAACAAACCAACGUUUACCAAACAUAACGGAAACUGUAGCCUUCUCGGCUUUGCAAGAGCUUCUUUUCAAUGGAUUCUUGUAUCUUUCUGGACGCUCGUACAUUUAAAAAAGCACUUAGCGCUUUCACGUUUUUCCGACGGGCAAUUUUGAUUUUAGCUGUAAGUUUUGUAUAAUAUUGAAAUACUUGAAAUGUCCGUCGGUGCGUUUGCUUUCAGUUGUGAUCACAAGAAACAGUUUCUGUACGGUUAACAGUGAUCAACAUCAAUUUACAUUAUAUUCUCGCUAUAUAUCCUACCACUGAACAGUAUCAAUCAUAAACGGCUGAAAAUAGAGGAAACUGCUCAGCAGCAAAAAACAUUGUGAUUUCUAAUCAAAUUCUCCUCGUUAGCACCAGAUGAACGGUAACGGAAUGAGUAUGGAGAAUGUGCAUGUUAAUCUCACGCCAUUUACAAUUAUUCCUGUAACAAGCAAAAUUGAUCUUAUAAAUGAAAAACGCGAAGGUUAUGUCGCUUUUAAUAGAUUUGGAGCCAGCAAUAUGACCCUUUGAAAACAAGAAACACUGCGUUCUUGUCUAACUAGGCAACUACAGUACCCUAGUCUGAAUCUCGUACCCUUAUAACUGCAAUAGGAAAUCUGCAAGUAGCACUGUAAAUCAUGCUAAACUGCUACCGAUGCGACCGAAAACGUGUAAUAGAAUCAUGAAAUCAGCCUGAAAGAUCAAAACAAGGUGAUAUCCUGCGUGUCCUACGGCAGGUGAAAGACGUUUUUUCCAGAAUGAAAUAUACUUAAAUCCUCUUAUUUGAGACAUCACAAGAGUCCCAGGGACAUUUCCAGGAGGUCUCCAUCAGUUUCGAACUUGACCCAAAAGUCACUUGACAAGAUGAAAGAAACAAACAUUGUUUGCCCGGCCUAUUGACGUUUAGAAAUUCCAUCAGGUCGUGUUUCUUUGGCAGGCUUGGUUAAUUCAAGCUAUUUCCAAUCCAGUCUUAAAAUCAGGCUGUUAAAUGUCGCCAAGGUCCACGACCAAUAAAGAAAAUUCUCCAACUUCAGACGAAGAGCAGUUUGGAACUUCAUGGUCUGUUUAUCCACUGCAUUAAAGAAAAGGAAAGUACUAUAAGUAGACUAACUCGCGAAGUUGAAUGUGCGAAAAAGCGUCCUGUGGGUCUCAAAGUGUGGAGAAGUUGAUACCAAGUAAUUACAACUGUAUAAUUAUAAUUUUCGCUUGUUUCUUCGCACACGUCCUUUUUUUCCCGUUUUUUUCUUACGUGAAUGCAUCCUUUUCUAAAAGUGCCUAUUUUGAGUCAAGAAUUUCAUAAAAGUAGGAAGAAAAAAAAAUUGUGCUGAGCAGCAAAACCCUCCCCGUGUCUAGCCUGCGAGCAAGGUCUCUCACUGCCCCACCCCACCCAACCCUCCCCCCAAUCUCGGCAGCAAGAGACCUUGCUCGCAGGCUCGACCCACCCUUCCCUUCUCCCCUCCCUUCCCUUCCCCCUCCCAUCCCUCCGCCCUCUACCUAUCUACCUAUCUACCUACCACCCUCUUCCUACCCCUCUACCUAUCUAUCUAUCUAUCUAUCUAUCUAUCUAUCUAUCUAUCUAUCUAUCUAUCUAUCUAUCUAUCUAUCUAUCUAUCUAUCUAUCUAUCUAUCUAUCUACCCCCCUCCCGCCUGCCCCCCUGUCCCCGCCCUCCCCCGGCCCGCCCCCGGGCCGGUGUACCAACUCCCGCUUCCCAUACCCUUCCCAAGGCCUUUUUUCUUCCCUCUCCUCGCCCCAAGCCCUCCCUGAUGCAAGCUGCGCUUUUCUUCUGUUUUUUUUCUUUUUUAUGCUAAUCAGGCGGGACUCGAACCCGUCACCUCUUUGUUUGCCAAUUAAUUACCAAUUCAAUGCUUAUGCCAAUUGCGCUAUCCCGGCUCGGUUAUAAAUUCAAUGGUUUUUUUUGUAUGUUAUUCAUAUGCAAAUCAAAUUCUUGCCCCUCAUUGGCUGUUGAAAAUAAUGACAUCAUGAACCUUCGGCCCAGAGGUCCCUGAGGUCCCACAGGUCCAAGAACCAAAACAAACCAACGUUUACCAAACAUAACGGAAACUGUAGCCUUCUCGGCUUUGCAAGAGCUUCUUUUCAAUGGAUUCUUGUAUCUUUCUGGACGCUCGUACAUUUAAAAAAGCACUUAGCGCUUUCACGUUUUUCCGACGGGCAAUUUUGAUUUUAGCUGUAAGUUUUGUAUAAUAUUGAAAUACUUGAAAUGUCCGUCGGUGCGUUUGCUUUCAGUUGUGAUCACAAGAAACAGUUUCUGUACGGUUAACAGUGAUCAACAUCAAUUUACAUAUAUUCUCGCUAUAUAUCCUACCACUGAACAGUAUCAAUCAUAAACGGCUGAAAAUAGAGGAAACUGCUCAGCAGCAAAAAACAUUGUGAUUUCUAAUCAAAUUCUCCUCGUUAGCACCAGAUGAACGGUAACGGAAUGAGUAUGGAGAAUGUGCAUGUUAAUCUCACGCCAUUUACAAUUAUUCCUGUAACAAGCAAAAUUGAUCUUAUAAAUGAAAAACGCGAAGGUUAUGUCGCUUUUAAUAGAUUUGGAGCCAGCAAUAUGACCCUUUGAAAACAAGAAACACUGCGUUCUUGUCUAACUAGGCAACUACAGUACCCUAGUCUGAAUCUCGUACCCUUAUAACUGCAAUAGGAAAUCUGCAAGUAGCACUGUAAAUCAUGCUAAACUGCUACCGAUGCGACCGAAAACGUGUAAUAGAAUCAUGAAAUCAGCCUGAAAGAUCAAAACAAGGUGAUAUCCUGCGUGUCCUACGGCAGGUGAAAGACGUUUUUUCCAGAAUGAAAUAUACUUAAAUCCUCUUAUUUGAGACAUCACAAGAGUCCCAGGGACAUUUCCAGGAGGUCUCCAUCAGUUUCGAACUUGACCCAAAAGUCACUUGACAAGAUGAAAGAAACAAACAUUGUUUGCCCGGCCUAUUGACGUUUAGAAAUUCCAUCAGGUCGUGUUUCUUUGGCAGGCUUGGUUAAUUCAAGCUAUUUCCAAUCCAGUCUUAAAAUCAGGCUGUUAAAUGUCGCCAAGGUCCACGACCAAUAAAGAAAAUUCUCCAACUUCAGACGAAGAGCAGUUUGGAACUUCAUGGUCUGUUUAUCCACUGCAUUAAAGAAAAGGAAAGUACUAUAAGUAGACUAACUCGCGAAGUUGAAUGUGCGAAAAAGCGUCCUGUGGGUCUCAAAGUGUGGAGAAGUUGAUACCAAGUAAUUACAACUGUAUAAUUAUAAUUUUCGCUUGUUUCUUCGCACACGUCCUUUUUUUUCCCGUUUUUUCUUACGUGAAUGCAUCCUUUUCUAAAAGUGCCUAUUUUGAGUCAAGAAUUUCAUAAAAGUAGGAAGAAAAAAAAAUUGUGCUGAGCAGCAAAACCCUCCCCGUGUCUAGCCUGCGAGCAAGGUCUCUCACUGCCCCACCCCCCCCCACCCCCCCCCCAAUCUCGGCAGCAAGAGACCUUGCUCGCAGGCUCGACCCACCCUUCCCUUCUCCCCUCCCUUCCCUUCCCCCUCCCAUCCCUCCGCCCUCUACCUAUCUACCUAUCUACCUAUCCUACCCCCUCUAUCUAUCUAUCUAUCUAUCUAUCUAUCUAUCUAUCUAUCUAUCUAUCUAUCUAUCUAUCUAUCUAUCUAUCUAUCUAUCUAUCUAUCUAUCUAUCUAUCUAUCUAUCUAUCUAUCUAUCUACCCCCUCCCGCCUGCCCCCUGUCCCCCCCCCCCCGGCCCGCCCCGGGCCGGUGUACCAACUCCCGCUUCCCAUACCCUUCCCAAGGCCUUUUUCUUCCCUCUCCUCGCCCCAAGCCCUCCCUGAUGCAAGCUGCGCUUUUCUUCUUUUUUUCCUUUUUAUGCUAAUCAGGCGGGACUCGAACCCGUCACCUCUUUGUUUGCCAAUUAAUUACCAAUUCAAUGCUUAUGCCAAUUGCGCUAUCCCGGCUCGGUUAUAAAUUCAAUGGUUUUUUUUUGUAUGUUAUUCAUAUGCAAAUCAAAUUCUUGCCCCUCAUUGGCUGUUGAAAAUAAUGACAUCAUGAACCUUCGGCCCAGAGGUCCCUGAGGUCCCACAGGUCCAAGAACCAAAACAAACCAACGUUUACCAAACAUAACGGAAACUGUAGCCUUCUCGGCUUUGCAAGAGCUUCUUUUCAAUGGAUUCUUGUAUCUUUCUGGACGCUCGUACAUUUAAAAAGCACUUAGCGCUUUCACGUUUUUCCGACGGGCAAUUUUGAUUUUAGCUGUAAGUUUUGUAUAAUAUUGAAAUACUUGAAAUGUCCGUCGGUGCGUUUGCUUUCAGUUGUGAUCACAAGAAACAGUUUCUGUACGGUUAACAGUGAUCAACAUCAAUUUACAUUAUAUUCUCGCUAUAUAUCCUACCACUGAACAGUAUCAAUCAUAAACGGCUGAAAAUAGAGGAAACUGCUCAGCAGCAAAAAACAUUGUGAUUUCUAAUCAAAUUCUCCUCGUUAGCACCAGAUGAACGGUAACGGAAUGAGUAUGGAGAAUGUGCAUGUUAAUCUCACGCCAUUUACAAUUAUUCCUGUAACAAGCAAAAUUGAUCUUAUAAAUGAAAAACGCGAAGGUUAUGUCGCUUUUAAUAGAUUUGGAGCCAGCAAUAUGACCCUUUGAAAACAAGAAACACUGCGUUCUUGUCUAACUAGGCAACUACAGUACCCUAGUCUGAAUCUCGUACCCUUAUAACUGCAAUAGGAAAUCUGCAAGUAGCACUGUAAAUCAUGCUAAACUGCUACCGAUGCGACCGAAAACGUGUAAUAGAAUCAUGAAAUCAGCCUGAAAGAUCAAAACAAGGUGAUAUCCUGCGUGUCCUACGGCAGGUGAAAGACGUUUUUCCAGAAUGAAAUAUACUUAAAUCCUCUUAUUUGAGACAUCACAAGAGUCCCAGGGACAUUUCAGGAGGUCUCCAUCAGUUUCGAACUUGACCCAAAAGUCACUUGACAAGAUGAAACAAACAAACAUUGUUUGCCCGGCCUAUUGACGUUUAGAAAUUCCAUCAGGUCGUGUUUCUUUGGCAGGCUUGGUUAAUUCAAGCUAUUUCCAAUCCAGUCUUAAAAUCAGGCUGUUAAAUGUCGCCAAGGUCCACGACCAAUAAAGAAAAUUCUCCAACUUCAGACGAAGAGCAGUUUGGAACUUCAUGGUCUGUUUAUCCACUGCAUUAAAGAAAAGGAAAGUACUAUAAGUAGACUAACUCGCGAAGUUGAAUGUGCGAAAAAAAGCGUCCUGUGGGUCUCAAAGUGUGGAGAAGUUGAUACCAAGUAAUUACAACUGUAUAAUUAUAAUUUUCGCUUGUUUCUUCGCACACGUCCUUUUUUUUUUUCCCGUUUUUUCUUACGUGAAUGCAUCCUUUUCUAAAAGUGCCUAUUUUGAGUCAAGAAUUUCAUAAAAGUAGGAAGAAAAAAAAAUUGUGCUGAGCAGCAAAACCCUCCCCGUGUCUAGCCUGCGAGCAAGGUCUCUCACUGCCCCACCCCACCCAACCCUCCCCCCAAUCUCGGCAGCAAGAGACCUUGCUCGCAGGCUCGACCCACCCUUCCCUUCUCCCCUCCCUUCCCUUCCCCCUCCCAUCCCUCCGCCCUCUACCUAUCUACCUAUCUACCUACCACCCUCUUCCUACCCCUCUACCUAUCUAUCUAUCUAUCUAUCUAUCUAUCUAUCUAUCUAUCUAUCUAUCUAUCUAUCUAUCUAUCUAUCUAUCUAUCUAUCUAUCUAUCUACCCCCCUCCCGCCUGCCCCCCUGUCCCCGCCCUCCCCCGGCCCGCCCCCGGGCCGGUGUACCAACUCCCGCUUCCCAUACCCUUCCCAAGGCCUUUUUUCUUCCCUCUCCUUGCCCCAAGCCCUCCCUGAUGCAAGCUGCGCUUUUCUUCUGUUUUUUUCCUUUUUAUGCUAAUCAGGCGGGACUCGAACCCGUCACCUCUUUGUUUGCCAAUUAAUUACCAAUUCAAUGCUUAUGCCAAUUGCGCUAUCCCGGCUCGGUUAUAAAUUCAAUGGUUUUUUUUGUAUGUUAUUCAUAUGCAAAUCAAAUUCUUGCCCCUCAUUGGCUGUUGAAAAUAAUGACAUCAUGAACCUUCGGCCCAGAGGUCCCUGAGGUCCCACAGGUCCAAGAACCAAAACAAACCAACGUUUACCAAACAUAACGGAAACUGUAGCCUUCUCGGCUUUGCAAGAGCUUCUUUUCAAUGGAUUCUUGUAUCUUUCUGGACGCUCGUACAUUUAAAAAAGCACUUAGCGCUUUCACGUUUUUCCGACGGGCAAUUUUGAUUUUAGCUGUAAGUUUUGUAUAAUAUUGAAAUACUUGAAAUGUCCGUCGGUGCGUUUGCUUUCAGUUGUGAUCACAAGAAACAGUUUCUGUACGGUUAACAGUGAUCAACAUCAAUUUACAUUAUAUUCUCGCUAUAUAUCCUACCACUGAACAGUAUCAAUCAUAAACGGCUGAAAAUAGAGGAAACUGCUCAGCAGCAAAAAACAUUGUGAUUUCUAAUCAAAUUCUCCUCGUUAGCACCAGAUGAACGGUAACGGAAUGAGUAUGGAGAAUGUGCAUGUUAAUCUCACGCCAUUUACAAUUAUUCCUGUAACAAGCAAAAUUGAUCUUAUAAAUGAAAAACGCGAAGGUUAUGUCGCUUUUAAUAGAUUUGGAGCCAGCAAUAUGACCCUUUGAAAACAAGAAACACUGCGUUCUUGUCUAACUAGGCAACUACAGUACCCUAGUCUGAAUCUCGUACCCUUAUAACUGCAAUAGGAAAUCUGCAAGUAGCACUGUAAAUCAUGCUAAACUGCUACCGAUGCGACCGAAAACGUGUAAUAGAAUCAUGAAAUCAGCCUGAAAGAUCAAAACAAGGUGAUAUCCUGCGUGUCCUACGGCAGGUGAAAGACGUUUUUCCAGAAUGAAAUAUACUUAAAUCCUCUUAUUUGAGACAUCACAAGAGUCCCAGGGACAUUUCCAGGAGGUCUCCAUCAGUUUCGAACUUGACCCAAAAGUCACUUGACAAGAUGAAACAAACAAACAUUGUUUGCCCGGCCUAUUGACGUUUAGAAAUUCCAUCAGGUCGUGUUUCUUUGGCAGGCUUGGUUAAUUCAAGCUAUUUCCAAUCCAGUCUUAAAAUCAGGCUGUUAAAUGUCGCCAAGGUCCACGACCAAUAAAGAAAAUUCUCCAACUUCAGACGAAGAGCAGUUUGGAACUUCAUGGUCUGUUUAUCCACUGCAUUAAAGAAAAGGAAAGUACUAUAAGUAGACUAACUCGCGAAGUUGAAUGUGCGAAAAAGCGUCCUGUGGGUCUCAAAGUGUGGAGAAGUUGAUACCAAGUAAUUACAACUGUAUAAUUAUAAUUUUCGCUUGUUUCUUCGCACACGUCCUUUUUUUCCCGUUUUUUUCUUACGUGAAUGCAUCCUUUUCUAAAAGUGCCUAUUUUGAGUCAAGAAUUUCAUAAAAGUAGGAAGAAAAAAAAAUUGUGCUGAGCAGCAAAACCCUCCCCGUGUCUAGCCUGCGAGCAAGGUCUCUCACUGCCCCACCCCACCCAACCCUCCCCCCAAUCUCGGCAGCAAGAGACCUUGCUCGCAGGCUCGACCCACCCUUCCCUUCUCCCCUCCCUUCCCUUCCCCCUCCCAUCCCUCCGCCCUCUACCUAUCUACCUAUCUACCUAUCUAUCUAUCUAUCUAUCUAUCUAUCUAUCUAUCUAUCUAUCUAUCUAUCUAUCUAU